CCCCCUUACGCUCAACCGUCGGCCGCCAUUUUGAGAAGACCGGCAGCAGAAAUUGCGACACAGAAAAUUUGUCCAAAUUUUUGCUAUUCAAAUUAUACAUUCGCCAUUAAAAAGGUCAAUGUCUCGAUUUAAUCAUAACCGCGGCGGCAUGGGCAUGAAUAAUUUCAUGUCCCGCAGGGGUGCUGGGCCUGGCGGACCGAUGCGAGGAGGAUUGAUUGGAAACCCACAUUUCCGAAGUCAUCCUUUCCAAAACCAGAACCAAAAUCGGAGGGGAGCAAACAACUUUAACAGACCGCCGAACCAGCCCCCUCAGAAGACCCCUCAGAAGCCACAACAGAACCAGUCUUCACCAAUUAUUCCUCCACCGAGUCCUGGCCCGGCUCUUACGAUGAAAGGCCCGAUGCAACAACAGCCGCAGAAACCGGCCCAAGAAAAGGAGGAACAACAGAAGCAACCGCCUGCAGCUACUCCACUGAAGAUUCAGUCACCUACACCGACACCAAACGUGCCCUCUCCUCAAACCAACCAGGCAGACAAGAACCAGCCACUGAAGUCACCGGUUGCAAAUGCUAAUGGGCAACAGCAGAAGCAACCUCCGCAACCAAACCAGAAAACUGAGCCACCGCAAGGCCAGAGGACAGGCCCUCAGCAAGGCCAAAAGCCAGGGUUCCAGCAUGGCCAGAAGCCAGGAUUCCAGCAGGGCCAGAAGCCAGGGCCCCAGCAGGGCCAGAAGCCAGGUCCCCAGCAAGGCCAGAAGCCAGGUCCCCAGCAAGGCCAGAGAACAGGGCCCCAGCAAGGCCAGAGAACAGGGCCCCAGCAAGGCCAGAGAACAGGGCAUCAGCAAGGCCAGAGAACAGGGCCCCAGCAAGGCCAGAAAACAGGGCACCAGCAAGGCCAGAAGCCACCAGCGGCCAAGCACACCGGGAAGCAUGGGGGAUCGGCGCAAGAGAACACAGAUACAGAGGGCACCAGCGCGCCAAAGGAGUUUAAGUUGUCCAUGCUUCUUAAACCUGGUGAGAAGUCUUACACUCAGCGGUGUCGUCUGUUCAUUGGCAACUUACCCAAUGACAUUACAGAGGAAGAGUUCAAGAAGAUGUUUGCAAAAUAUGGAGAGCCCAGCGAGGUUUUUAUCAAUAAAAGCAAAGGCUUCGGUUUCAUCAGAUUGGAGUCUCAUGCUCUGGCAGAGAUAGCAAAAGCAGAGUUGGAUGAUACACCAAUGAAAGGCAGACCCCUGCGUGUGCGAUUUGCCACACAUUCUGCAGCCUUGUCUGUUAAGAACUUGUCACCGUUUGUUUCAAAUGAACUCCUAGAAGAAGCUUUCUCCCAAUUUGGAAUGGUUGAGAGGGCCAUCGUCAUUGUAGAUGACCGUGGGCGGUCAGCAGGCAGGGGCAUUGUUGAAUUUGCCUCAAAACCAGCAGCCAGAAAGGCCCUGGAUCGAUGCAAUGAGGGUGUCUUCCUGCUUACCACGUCACCCCGACCGGUUAUUGUUGAGCCUAUGGAACAGGUUGAUGAUGAAGAUGGCCUUCCUGAGAAACUGGCACAGAAGAACCCAAGAUAUCAAGCAGAGCGUGAGGAACCCCCUCGCUUUGCACGUCCAGGCACUUUUGAGUAUGAGUACUCCAAACGUUGGAAAUCCUUGGAUGAAAUGGAGAAGCAGCAGAGGCAGCAGGUCGAGAAGAACAUGCGUGAGGCCCGUGAGAAGCUUGAGAGUGAAAUGGAGGAUGCUUACCAUGAACACCAGGCCAACCUGCUCAGACAAGAUCUGCUGAGGCGACAGGAGGAGCUGCGACGCAUGGAGGAGCUCCACAGUCAGGAAAUGCAAAAGAGAAAGGAGAUGCAGCUGAGACAAGAGGAAGAGCGUCGCAGGCGGGAAGAGGAAAUGCUUCGCAAGAGAGAGAUUGAAGAACAGAUGCGUCGCCAGCGUGAAGAGAACUACAGGAUGGGCAACUUUUUGGAUAGGGACAGGGAAAUGAGGCUGAGUGCUGGUGGAGCACUGGGCAUGGGAGACAUGUCCUUUGGUUCCUCCAACCAGAAGUUUCCCAUGAGUGGACUUGGAUUUGAGGGGCAGCAGGGAAUGGGAUCAUCUUCAGGAGGCAUGAUGGGCAACGAAAUGCGUAGCGAACGCUUUGCGCAGGGUGGUCCUAGGGGGAUGGGUCCUGGUAAUCAAGGGUACGGCAGGGUCCGUGAGGAAUUUGAUGGUCCUUCUAAGAAACCCCGUUUUUAAACGCUGCUUUUUGAUGCACCUAGCAGCACCCUUUGUAUAGAAUCUUCGAAACACACAUGUUGAGUCGAAUUUCUUGUAUUUAAGUUUAAAGUGUUGCUCCCAUUUUAGCCUGACAGUUAACUCAUUUUAUGACAGUCAAUAUUUUCUUUUUUUAUUUUGUAUUGUCAGUAGUAUUGAAAGAUAGGUCACUUUCAUGUGAUAAGUACUUCUAUAUCACUCAUGUAUAAUUUCUUUUUCUAGAUGUAUUAUGCUCUGUGAGUCGUCGUGAAGUGAUAAUUGUAACAUUUUUCUCAACUUUCUAUGGCUAUGUUUUGUGCCAUACAUUUGGAGUCGAGGCAUGUACCAUAAUAAAGGUUCAUUGAUUCUAUCGAGACAAACCUUAAACUUUUAGUCUUAUCAUUUGAAGCAUUUGAUAUAAAACAACUGAACCCAGGCAAACAGCCACAUCAGAUCUUAAAGGGUCUAUGUGUUAUUUCUGCCACUUUCCUGACCCCUUUUUUCAGUGUUCUCUAUAAAUCACAGCAAACUUUGGUCCCAUAUAAUGUGUAAGCUGCAUGAAAGCUCUUAAUUUUUCUUCAUUUUUUUUCCUUGCAUAAUUUUCUUGGAGAACACUUUUAUUGUAAAAAAAUCAUUUGAAUUUUGGGACAAAAUAGUUCAAAAUAACUGUUGCUUUAUCUGUAAUGGUUGAGCAACACUUGUAUAGUCAUGCACCAGGAGAACAGAAAUACCACACAUGGAGCCUUUAAGACGCCUAUGGUAUCAUUAUGAUUGUUGGCAACUGAACUAGACCCAAGCCAAACGGCAUUGUGCAGGGCUGCUAUGUUUAGCAAUUGGUUGUGAAUUUCCAGGCAAAUGGAAAUUAUAUUGUAGACACCUUACCAUCCACCUGUAGCUAGUAGUAAUAGUACUAGUAUCAGUAGUAGUAGUAUCAGUGGUAGUAGAAGUAGCAGCAGCAAUAAACAUGUCAAAGCAACAUUAGGUGUUUAUUGACAUCAUUGCCACAAGGGAUGCUUUGAACUAGUAAAGCUGCAUCAGCGUUGCCACAAUGUACACACAUUUUUUUUUUUUGGUCAAUAACUGGUGAGAAAAGGUUUGUAGUGCCACAGUUAACCCUGGCAUCAUAAUGCUAUUUUUAAACUUUGUGUAUCAUUACUAAUAAGUCAAAAAAUGGGUCCAGUGAGUUUUAAACAGACCUUUAUACCAAUUUUAAGUUUUGAAGAGAGUUCAUCUCAGACAGUGAUAUGAAAAGAUCACUGUAGAAGUGGAGUACUUUUUUGGAAUCUAUAAUUUCUUGUAUUGUUCACAUUAAUUACAGGAUUUUUUUAACAAAAGUCCACCGCAGUAUGCAGGGUGCUUGCGCAGGUCUUGAAAGU